AUGAGUCAGUCAACGGCAACGGCAGCUGCUAAUGUCAAUGCUUGGAAAGGGGUGGGUUGUUUGCUUCCCUUCUUAGGGGCUGCUAUUGCUGAUACAUUUAUGGGCAAGUAUUAUACCAUUCUUGCUUCUUCCAUCAUAUAUAUCUUGGGGCUAGGCAUGCUAAGUAUAUCAGCAGGGCUACCUUCCCUUAGCAAGGAGAGUUCUGGACGGCCACAGAUUUUGCAGAAAGUGGUAUUUUUUGUUGGCCUUUAUCUAGUGGAUGUCGCCAGAAGCGGGCACAAGCCGUGUAUACAGGCUUUUGGUGCUGAUCAGUUUGACGGAGCACACCUACAGGAGAGCAAAGCCAAAAGCUCUUUCUUUAAUUGGUGGAGUUUUGGUAUUGCUAUUGGUGCUUUGCUAGGUCUUGGAUUGUUGAGUUAUGUUCAGGAUAACCUCAGUUGGGGCCUCGGAUUUGGAGUUUCAUGCAUUAUCAUGGUAAUUUCCUUUGUCUUAUUUUUGCUUGGAACUAUGACUUAUCGCUACACUCUCAAAGUUGAAGGAGAAAAUCCAUUCAAGAGUAUUGGAAGAGUGUUUGUGAGAGCAGCCAAAAAUUGGAAUUCAUCUGCACCUCCUGUUCUUGUAAUUUGUGACGAAGAAGAGGCACAAGAACCCCAACCUCGUCAGUUGAAAUUCUUCGACAAAGCUUUAAUUGCACCUGAUGGGGAAGGAAAUGGAAAAGCUUGCAGUGAGAGCGAGUUUGAAGAGGCAAAGGUUGUACUUAGGCUGUUUCCCAUAUGGGCAGUAACUUUAAUCUUUGCGAUGGUCUACGCCCAACAUGGGACAUUGUUUACCAUACAAGGUGUCACAUUUGAUAGAAAAAUUGGGUCUAGCUUUACAUUGCCAGCAGCAUCCUUACAAUGUGUCAUGGACAUCACCAUUCUUAUCUUAGUCCCUAUAUACAAUUAUAUGAUUGUGCCACUAACCAGGAAAUUGACUGGAAAACCUGCUGGAAUAUCAAUACUUCAAAGAGUUGGAAUUGGGUUUUUCAUAACCAUUAUUACAAUGGUAGUAAGCGCUGUCAUAGAGAACAAAAGGCUUAAAACUGCUUCGCGGCAUGGGCUGAUUGAUUCGCCUGAUGCAACCGUGUCAAUGAGCAUUUGGUGGCUGAUUCCCCAGCAUGUCUUGUUUGGAAUGACUACCAUAUUUACCAUGACUAGCUUGCAAGAAUUUUUCUAUGAUCAGGUCCCAAAUGAAUUGGGUAGUGUUGGGCUCGCGCUAUAUGCAAGUAUACACGGCUUAGGAGACUUUUUAAGUAGCUUCCUUGUAUCAUUCAUCAGCAAAGCAAACCAGAAGAAGUAGGGAAGGUAAUUGGAUUCCGGAUAAUUUGAA